CACGGGCAAAUAGAUAUCAGAUUAGCUGAAAUCUUGAAAUCGACUAUGACUCAACUCAAGCUGCUCAACGUUUGGAUCCCUCAGUCGGUUAGAUGCAUUCCUUGCGGGUUGCAGUCACUGACGAAUAAAAAUAUUGUAUAUUUUAUGGGGAAUUCCGCGUGCGAAGAGUCGAGACGGUUGGCACGUCGCGCCUGGUAGCUUCUAAUAGUCCGACGCGAGCAGUUUACUUUUGAAAACGUACAGGUUUGUUUCAUUCGAAAUUUAAAAGGCUGCCCCUGAACGUAUGGGACCCGCUUUGCUUUCAGAUGCAAACUUUUCGCGGAGGACCAUUAGCAAACGGCCUUUCUCCCUUUCUGUCUCUAAAGGACACGAAAUUAUGAGUAAAGGUCGAUUCAGACUAUACGACACGGACCGGCAACGACACGACAAAAUAUUAAAACACGCGUUUCAAUGGAACUAUUCACACUUAACAGACAAUGACCUGAACGUUUCGUCAACGGGAAUAGUGUGAAUAGUUCCAUUAAAGGUCUAUUUUAGACUCUAAAUCUCUAAAAUUUAGAGAUCACGGUUUUGAACGGGUAUUAAAAUACACGGAUACACGGAACACGUGUACCGCGUAUUAAGGGAUUAAGAACACGGAUAUUUUGAAUACACGGGUACCCGGGUAUCGAGAUACGCUGACGCACGGAUAUCUAAAUACUCUAGUCUAUUUACACAUAUCCGUAAUGUGUCAGUUCCGUAUCCUUUCAGUUCCGUAAUAGUUCCAUCAGUGGCAGUGAUUUUAAAUAUUCUUCUGUUGUUUUUGAAUGGGCAUGUUCGCACACGUCCGACACCGCUCCGUGACGUUAUUGAUACGGUACGGAUACGGAACUGACACGUUACGGAUAUGUGUCAAUAGACCUUAAAACGCGUGUUUCAAUGUUUUGUCGUGUCGGUGCCGGUACGUGUCGUUGCCGGUCUGUGUCGUAUAGUCUGAAUCGACCUUAAGGCGGGAUGAAAAGCGACAAACAUCCCCUCUGCACGUUUACAGAGGGUCGCGACGUACGUGAUCUGCCAAUUAGUUAGGAUAAUUCCGACUACGAGGAGAGAAGUGUACCUCAGAAUUAUUUUUAUAUUAUUUGCCCAAGUGUACGUGGUGUAUUGUACCGUCGACGCGACCUGCGUUCGAGAUAAACGAGGUAAUCGGUAAUCAUAAUUGUUAAUGGUUAAUCAUCGAUCGUGAUAUCUAUUAUGAUUAUUUAAUUAUUAUUAACGAUAUCUGAUUAUUAAUCAAUGAUUAUUAAAUUAUCAUAAUAAAUAUCAUGAUUAAUGGUUAACAAAAAUAUAAUGAAUGAUCAAGAGACACGAUUAACGAUUAAUAAAAAUUAUAUCACAACAGGUAUCACGAUUAAUGGUUAAUCAUACAAGCACCAUGAUUGAUGGCUAACCAUAAAAAAAACAUCUCUAUUGAUAAACACUAUUUAUGAUUACCGAUUAAUCCGUCGAUUACAAGUGACGAUUAAAAAAGUAAUCACAAAGUAAUCGUCCAAGUCCAGCGGAAGUGGCGUCCAUCUCGGACGUUGGUCGCCUCAUGAUCGCAGUUAGUAUGUAUGCGAACAAUAUGAAAUGCGAAAUGGAGAAUUGUCGAAUACAUUGGAUCGCUAAUGUGUGUGUUCGUGUGUCAACCAAUGUUCCAGUAUCGUGGAUCACGGUAAUGGGCACACUACAAGACGUGAAUGUAAAUAAAGUUUGUUAUUCAAGGUGUUUUAAGAGGUUGUUGUUGUUCAAUGCUGAUGCAUAGGCCUCUUCUCCGUACUACGAACAACUCCAGAUUAUUGUAAGAUAGAGCUUAAGAGGAACUUAGCGGGAGAAUUAAUAUAUAUACGAAUAAGUGUUACGAUGUAAAAUGUUAAUAUAUAUAUGAACGAUGGCAAUUUUAUUAAUACAAUGAUAUUUUCGUUCAACACGUUUUUCUGUUCAGGCGUGCCAGCGUUGGUAUCGAGCUCUUGUAAUCCUUUGAGUGCAAAGUUCAGGAUCUUUUUUUUUUUUUUGUUUAAUAAAAUGAUAGUGUUAUGAAUUAUUUAAAAAAAAAUCCUAGAAUCUCUUUUGGAAAACCUUUUACUUUUUAUUCGUAAUAGUCCGAGUUAGUUUGAUUCAGGUUGAAAUAGAAUAAUGGGAAGUAGAUAAGUUUAAAUUCAAAAUGAACUGUAACUACCGUGCAGAAAUGAGAAGAUGAGAAAUUUGGAAAAUGGGUCUAAUUGGUGAAUGAUAUAUUAGGUUGUCCCAAAAGUUUCUUUCCUUUUAUUAAUAAUUAAUUCAUACACAAUAUUUUAUGUUUUAUGUUACAUUACAAAAUUGUGUACAAUUCAUUUCGCUCCAUUACUGUUACAGCAUCAAUGUCCAAGAAAUUAGAUUGCUAUUUAUAUAAACACUGCCACAGAAAAUAAUUGAAUGCAACUCACGAAAGAAACUUUUAGAAUUCUAUAGUAUAGUAUAUAUUAUAAUAUAGAAUUCUACAGUAAAAUCUCUUUGAUUAUACUGUAAGCAAUCACUUAUUUCUGCUUUUUACUGAAGUAUCUCUCGAUUUGUAACAAUACCCUAACAAAUAAGUGCUAGCAACUGUCAUCCAUUGUUUAAAAAUGAUUGAAAACGGCGAGUGAGCUCUGAUUACAGAUCACAGGUGCUACAAAUCAUGUUGCUGUGAUAUAAAAUAUACUGACUAUUUUUCGUCGAUUAUUCGAAGAACAGUUUCAUAGAAUGUUAGAGACAAAGCAACUUGGCACUCGAAGGGUUAUCGACGAACUCAUUCCUCUUUCAAGCACACACACACACAUUCCCAAGCCUUUCACAGACCAACAGCACUUUCUAGAAAACAGGUUCCUCGCUGUUUCUAGAAAAGGCCCAACUCUCAAUGAGAAGCAGAAAACUCGUGACUAUUGAUUUCCUGCAUUCUGUUAAGGAAUUGGGAUCCUUGGGUGCUUCCAUGGAUACUAGUCAACAAGUAGGAAUCGCGAUAGUAAAGCUCAGAACACGCAUUCUUUCACUUCCUGUUCUUUUCUGUUUUUCUGCUGUUCCUAAGUUGGAGUUCCUUGGCUCGAGAGCUUCAAAAUUUUAUUUUUAUAUUUUAACAGUAAUAAAUAUUGUUACCAUUGCGUGGGAGAUUGUUGAUUAAAUAGCCUCAUUUUACGAGUGGUAGUUGCGCCAGUGGUAUUAUUAUAAAUAACAGUAUCAUAUUAAAAUUUUAUCGAGUUUUUGUGAAUUCUUCAAGCCGGCAUCAUGAUGGACAUGGAGAUGAACGCUGGGUUGGAUGGCGACGAUGGGAGCGAGACCAGCGAGGCCACAUCGGAUGGGAGCUCAGCUAGCAGCACAUUCUGCGAACUGGAGAGGGAUUACUCGAAGGUCCUGAAGGAAAUGAAAGAAAACGAGGCGUUAGCUCCCUUCUUGGCUGAAUACACUAGACUCUUCGAGUCCCUCUACAAGGCUCAUCGAACGGAAAAGGAGCUCAUGGAAAAGUGUCACUCCUUGGAGAGCGAGUUGAACAGCGACAGACAGAAAGUAGAAGAAAUGGCGAAGACGAUAGCGAGCAAUGACGCAGAGAUCGCGACGCUGAAGCAGGAGGUCGCGAACACUAUAAAAAGGGCUGACGCAGCUCACACGCGCGAACAGAACGCGCAGGAGAUGAUCGAGAACCUGCGGUUGAACGUCACGCAGCUGAAUCAGGAAAUCGAGCAGAAGAACAGACAACUUGCUGCCGGAGAAGAUGGCAGUGCAGCCAACCAGAAGGAGAACCUGAUGAAGGAGAAGGAGAGACUCGUGAGCGAGAUGGAUACACUGAGACAACGGCUGAAGAACAUGUCCCUGUACACCGAGGAACUCGAGAAAAAGACCACCGAAGCCGAGAACCAGAUAAGCGAAAUGCAAGAGACUCUGGAUAUGCAAAUGAGCGACAUCUCGAAGGAGCGAAGACUUAGGCAGAGGACCGAGGACGAGUUGCACCAACUGCAGGACGAGCUGCACGAAAAAGUCGCCGACCUGGAGACCGCGAAUGCAAACAUACAAGCAGCUGCAGCCAACGUCAUGAAGCUCGAGAGUUUGCUGAAGGAGCAGAGGUUGUCCGGCGAGAAGAUGCAAAAGGAGAUCAGCAAGCUCAUGGUGAAACGACUGAAUCUACAGACGGAUUACGAUAAUGCGACUGUCCAGAUCGAGAACCUCGAUAAAGAUAUCGAGGAGAAGGACAAGCAGUUGAAACAAACCAAGCAAAUCGUACACAAAGCCAAGACCGCCGCAGAGAAAAGCCAAAUCGAGAGGGACGCCAUGGCCAAGCGGCUGCAGAAGGUCGAGGCGGAUCGGAUGAGCCUCGAGCAGCAGCUGAAGCAAGCGAACGCCACCACGAAGAACGUGGAGCACGAAAUUUUUCUGCUCAGAAAGCAGCAGAACGAGAAGCAAAACCAAUACGACGUCCUGUUGCGGGAGAAGAACGUCCUGGCGCGUACGAAGGAGAACCUGAACGAACAAAUCAAAAGGCUGAAUCACGAGAUGAUGGUGCACGAGUACAGCAGGCGGAAGAUCGAGCACGAAUUCGACGAUCUGAGCCACGACGUCGCGGAGGUGAAGAAGGAGCUUACCGCCGCGGAGAAGGACAGGGACAAGUAUAACACGGAGACACAGAAUUUGGCGCAGGAGGUUGAAGACUACAUAAGCGAGGUCAAGUUGAAGCAAGUCGAGAUCUUCAAUUACAAGAAACGACUUGCAGAGUGCGAGGCGAGGUACAGGCAGCAGCAGAACCUGUUCGAGGCUGUUCGUGCAGAGAGGAACUCGUACAGCAAGAGCCUGACGGAAUCGGUGGACGAGAUACAGGAGCUGAAGAACAAGCUGAAGGUAGUUAAUCAUCAGAUCGAGCAGCUGAAAGAGGAUAUUGUGGCGAAGGAAGCUCUUGUGAUCAAAGAGGAGUUCCUUCGUGGUCGAGUGGAAAAGGAGAAGGAAAGUUUAAAAAUCGAGUUGCAAUCCAGUCGCAAGGAGGUGACAGAUCUGAAACGGGAGAUCGAGACGAUGAAGCAAGAAGAGAAGAGCCUGAGGCAGGUGAUCCAGCGGGCAGAGUCGGAUAUUGGACGUCACAAGAAGGACAUCGACAACGUCAUGAACGAACGUGACAUUCUGGGUACGCAGUUGGUCAGGAGGAACGACGAGCUUAGUCUUCAGUACAGUAGACUAAAAGUGCUGCACGGAACGCUCCAGCGAGGGGAGGAGCAGUAUAACCAGAGAUUGGAGGACAUCAGGCUGUUGAAGCUCGAGGUGAAGAACCUGAGGACGGAGAAGGUCUUGUUGACUAAGAACAUAGCGAACAUGAGCGACUUGAGGCAGGAAGUUUUUCAUUUGAACCGCGACUUAACGAAGGAGAGACUGAAGGUCAUGGCGCUGGAAGAAGAAGUGCAGACUCCUUUGAACAUACACAGGUGGAGGAAACUCGAGGGUACAGAUCCGUCUACUUACGAGCUGCUGAUGAAAAUUCAAAUCCUUCAAAAACGUGUGUUGGGGAUGGCCAGCGCCAUGAUCGAGAAGGAGAAGAAAAUAAAAGACACCGAGAGAUUGUAUAUGAAUCUUCGUGAAAUUUUGUCCAAGCAUCCAGGACCCCACGUGGCGAUUUCAUUGAAUAAAACACAGAAAGCGUUGCGCGAGAGGGGACAGAAGAUGAAGUGUAUGCUAGCAGAGCUGAGCAUGUACGAGGUCCAAAUUGGCGAGUAUAGAGUCGACAUGAACAGGAUGAACGGGCAGAUGAGCGAACUGAAGAUGAAGUAUUACGCACAAAAGAGGAAGCUACAGAAAUCGAAGGAAUCGAAGCUGAAGUCUGUGAGCGAACCGACUCUCCCAGCGGUGAGUCGUAGUACGAAGAAAUUCUGCGGGGGUGGCUUCAACAUGGUGACACCUACCCCUAGAAACUGCUUCGUCGUGGACUCCGUCUGUAGAUAAACUCUUCGAGGACAGAGAUCGACAAAUGUUCUCAUCUAGUUAUAAAUUUCGAACAGUGAAUAAAAGAUGAAUAACAGUUGCAUUUCUACAUCUUGGUUUUAUAUUUCUGUAACAUUCUAUUUUAAGAUCAAGUGUGGUAGCACGGUUUGCGCCUACGGACAGACAACCAGCCCGACUCACCUGUUAGUAUAGUUUUUCCCCUUCAAUUCCCUUCAUUUGCUUACACAUUUCCCUUUAAUAUUCCUCCAUUUCCUGGUAUAUUUUCCAUUAAUUUCCCCUAAUUUCCUU